AUGAGAAGGAUAGACAGACAAGCUAAUCCUCAAAAUGUACCCAGACCCAUCAUAUUAGAAAUGAAAAAGGAAGCUACGAGAAUGGAAAUUCUGAAGGCUGCUAAAAACCUAAGAGGAACUAAAAUAUAUGUCAAUGAGGACUUCCCGAAGAAAACACUACAAGAAAGGAAGCAUCUUCUCCAGCACAUAAAAAUGGUACGCCAGGAAGGACACAUAGCCGCAUUAAAAUACAACAAAUUACGGAUAAAUGGUGAACCGUUCUCACGGAAGCAAUUAGAAGGCAUAGAUGUAAAUUACUGGAAGAAACCUGAAGAGAAGAAGGUUUUCACAACUUGUUACAAAAGUAAAAUGUUUGAUAUAAUGAGGGUGAAUAACUCUUACAACAUAAUAGAAACACCAUUUGAUCUGUUAAAAUACAAAAUUGAUAUAGGGCUUUUACUACCUGUAGUCAAUAAACAAUAUACACAAUAUACAGAUCCUACUGAACAGAAACUGAUUGAGUCAAAUGUUAAUGUUUAUUGUGUGUUCACAACUGGUUACAAAAGUAAAAUGUUUGGUAUAAUGAGGGUGAAUAACUCUUACAACGUAAUAGAAACACCAUUUGAUCUGUUAAAAUAUAAAAUUGACAUAGGGCUUUUACUGCCUGCAGUUAAUAAACGAUAUACACAAAAUACAGAUCCAACUGAACGAAAACUGAUUGAGUCAAAUGUUAAUGUUUAUUGUGAACAAUCAGUUGAAAAAAUGCUUCUCUUGUUUUUGUUAUCUAGUGGUAUACUCUUAACAGAAGCAUAUAUUUCUGUUAAAAGUAAUUUAAAUAUUUUAGAAGGUUGCUUAAACGAAUUAUUUGAUUUUAUAAAUGAAGAAAAGAAAUUUAUUUAUGUGGUAAAUGCUAACAUACCAAUUAAAAAUUACCCUACAGUUUCCUUUAAUCGAAUUAGUGAAAUUAAAAAAAUUCCCCCGAUAUUUCCUAAUGUAUAUCUUGUCUCAAUAAAUGUUUCAGAAGUUUUAAGUGUUUUGUAUAAAUUAAAAAUAUUAAACAAUCUAAAAUAUUAUAUAUUAAUUGUACAAAAUAUAGAUGAAACUAUAAUGAAGAGUCUUGAACAUUAUUUUAUUUCUAAAAUCUUAUUUAUUACAUUAAACACCAACAUAGAUUACUAUGAAAUCUAUAUGAUGAAAUCAACGGGACAUGAAUUAAUUCACAUGUGCCCAAAUCAAAAAGAAAACUGGCCAGCAAUAAACAAGUUAAGAACAAAAAUUAUCAAGAAGUACGAUUACCUCAACGUUCUCUAUAGCAUUGAUGAACCUUAUGUAAUUAGUACAACUCAAGGAAUUCAUAUCGAAUUAUUAAGUAUAAUUGCAGAAAAUAUAAACGUUAAGCUAAAUUUUAUAAAGUCAAGAGAACGUCCUACCAUUCUUGAAAUAACUCCAGAAUUCAUAUCAAAUUGGACUUACGACUUGUACGCUGCCUUGUUUUCUUCAAGACUUAGUACUCAAUCGCAUUCAUUUGAUGAAAGUAUAAGGAUCACAGAAGAUAAGUUGAUCUUUAUAACACCAAAUAUAUUGAUUACAAAUAAUUGGGCAAUAUUUUAUGGAGAGUUUGCAAAUUCUGUUUGGGCAUAUUUUGCCCUUUUACUUCUAAUUUUGAGCGUGAUCAUUUCUUUAAUAGACUAUUUAGUUCCUGAGCACAGAUAUACUAAUAUUCUCUCUUUUCUUUUGUCUGUGCUCUUUGAAGGAACUUUUACUUUGUAUUCUAAACAAAGGGCAGUUAAAAUUAUUUUUAUCAACUAUCUUAUAUUUGUUUUAAUAUUCACUACUGUUUACAAAAGCCAAAUGUUUGAUAUUAUUAGAAAAGACAACGCCUAUAAUCCUAUAAAGCGCCAAAUAGAUAUGCUCAAAUUUAAAUUUAAAAUAUGUUUGCCUAGUAAAGUCCUUUUUGAUUCUUAUAAAACUUCAAAAGAUCCUAUUGAACAUUACUUCGGUUGGAACAGUGAUGUUAUAGUUAACCCAGAUUACUGGCAAUGCGUAAAUAUGAUAGCUUAUGAGAAGAAUACAGUAGCACUAAUUCUGUCAAAGCGUCUUGAAUAUGUUGGACCAGAGGUGUACCUUGAUGAAAAUGGAUUUCCUCUUUUAAAUAUAUUACUAAAAGAUUUCCAUACUUAUUUAUAUUUCGUGUUUGCAUUUAGAAAAGGACAUCCUCUUUUUAAUAUUUUUAAUAGAAAACUGACAACUCUUAAAGAAACCGGAUUCGUUGAGUACCAGUAUAAAAUUUACAAACGACAAUUUGAAAAAGCAGUGGCUGUAUCACAAAAGAAAAAGUCUUUUUAUUUUAAACCCCUGAAACUAAAUAGUUUGCAAAGUGUAUUUUUUGUGUAUAUAGCCUUAAUUAUUGUUAGUAGUUUAGUUUUUGGUUUUGAAUUAGUUUUGGUGAGGCAUGUACGAUAA